AUGAACCUGUGGUUGAAGUUUUUAAUUUAUUUACGUCUACUUGGCAUAGCAUGUAGUCAUCAAGUGCGAGGAUCUAUCGUAUGCUACUUGCGACUCCGUUCCGAUCUUGACGAAUCACUUCAAUCCCAACUGAGAAAGUGCAGCUACGUCGUUGUGUGCGAUGACUUUUGCGAACGAAGAAAGCCCUUCCAACCGUACACUGGAGAUAAAUUGUCCCAGCUUAAGCAGAUGGCACCCCACGCGAAGCUUUUGCUUUCGAUUCCACUGAGCGUGAAUCCCUUCGAACUCCGUGUGGAUGAAGGCAGUGAGCAGUUGUGUCACGAAAUAGAACAUUGUGUGCGGGAUGAUCUGUACGAUGGAGUGGAUUUGGAUUUUAAUGCAUUCGUGUUGGAUUUCGCCGAUCAGAUCAUCUUCAGUCAGUUUUUGGAACGGCUAAGGCAACGGCUAAAAUCCAAAAUCAUCAUUUCCUUAUCGCUGGAUGUACAACGCUUUACAACCGGGCCGUUGGCCAAUUCCAUUAUCCAGUAUGCCGAUUUCGUCGUGACAUCCAGGGAUGACUCUUUCACUGACGGCAAUCAAGAUGAUGGGGAGUUUCUUAUUAGACAGUAUUCCGAUGCAGCGAUCGAUCGCUUAGUGGCAGGAGGUUUUCCUCCGGAGAAAAUUGUUUUGGGGCUGCAAACAGCCGGAAUUGUAACGAAUCCUUCGGAGCGACACGAGUUUCCUUUGAAAAGGUGUGCUAUCAUAGGAUUGAUACCGUACAGUCAGGUUUGUGAGCUGCGUGAUCAAAGUAAGAGUUUCUGCAGUUGGAAUAGCGAUCGUCGGUGUCUACUCUUUGAUGGACAAUCAAAACUGAUCUACGAUAACAAGGACGCGGCAAAGCAACGAGCUCAUCAAUGCAUCAAGCAUGGUUUGAAAGGAGUAUCCAUCUUAUUGCAUUACGAUGAUAGCACGGGAUUGUGUGGUGACAAGAAAUACCCGUUAUUGAAUGCCGUAGAUGAAAUUCUAUCAGCACAACACGAUGAUGAACAUUCGCGUGAAGAAAAGAGUAAAACAAACAUUGUAAACCAUCACAAUAGCCACAGUCUCAACGAUGAAAUUAACCGCUUAGAAUCGGCCAUUGAACAUUUGGAAAAGUCAUCCAAUCUAUUCGAGAAAAUUGCAAACCUUCUGCUACGCGCUCUAUAUAAGUUAGUAGAUGUAGUGAUAUCGUUCAUGAAUACGAAAACUGGAGAUGGUAGUUCCAGUGCACGGGAUGUACCGGAACCAAUACCGGAACCGAAGAAUCCAACUGUUGACGAAGGCAAUGGAGACGGGUUCAAUCCAGGAACCAAUAAUGAUAGUUUCGAGUUGAUUGACAAAGAAGUCGAUAAAAUAGCUGAGGAGCAUCACAUUGCAGAUACUGGAACGAGUGAAAUCAAGAAACACGAAGAAACAGAUGCAGUUCAUUCAUUGAUGGAUACCUUGGAAGAUUUCAACAGGUUGUGGGUCCAGUCGACAGUGUUUUGUGAACGAAGUGAUGAAUUUAUCGAUCGGAAAGCCCUUGCAGUGGAAGUGUUUCAAAAACAGACGAGGAGCUCAGAGGAACAGCGCCUGUGCUAUGCUUGCGGAAGUGCUAACCACGUGAUGCGUAACUGUGAGCUGCUAAAGAAAGUGCGGAAUGAGUCAUCCAGAGUUCCAGUGAAGCCGAAAAUGCGUUCCGCAGUAGCGAUUGAGGAGGAAGUUUUUCACGGAAGCGUAUGCUUUGCAGCGUUUAAGGAGGAGACGCAUGGUGGAUGGUAUUUAGAUUCAGGAGCUUCGAGUCUGCUGAACGAUACUACGAGAAUGGAGAAACAAAACGUUAUCCUGGCUAAUGUACGUGAUGCGAGCGACGACGACCAUCGAGCUACAACAAGCACCAUCAGCGCCGAUAGCGGAAACAACUUUCCAGAGUUUAUGCAAAAACUUUCCCACACCAAAUGA